AUGAUGGGCUCUGGGCUGAUCCAGGUGAGGGGCGCUGGCUCGGGGGGCUGGCACACGGUGCAGCCGAGGGCGACGGGGCGGGUGAACCGGCGGGGGCACCCCCUGCGCUCCGCACCCUCACAGCCCCGCGCGGCAGCUACCGUUCCGGGCAGGCCCAGCGCUGCCGCCGCUCAGGGGCGGGGCCGCCCUUGUGCUUCCCGCCCUCAGCGGCUGCGCGCCCUAGGCGCCCUCAGCAUGGCCGGGGCGGCGCUGGGCCCGCCGGGCCCGCCGGUGAAGGUGCUGGCGGCGCAGCUGCGGCGGGCGGAGCGCGGCGCGGGCGGCACCUGGGAGCUGCAGCGGGCGGCGGCGGGCCGGGCUCCGCUGGCCCUGCGGGCCGUGUGGAUGCAGGGCACCGUGCUCGAGGUGCGGCGCGGCGCCGAAGGCGGCACGGCCCGGCUGCAGGACGGCAGCGGCGCCUUCACCGUGCUGGGCGUGGAGCAGGUGCCGCAGGGCCGGCCGUGCCUCAGCGCAGGGAAGUAUGUAAUGGUGAUGGGUGUGGUGAGGUCCUGCAGUCCGGAGCCCAUUCUUCGAGCAAUAAAGAUGACAGAUCUCUCUGAAAACCCCAUUCAUAAGAAUAUGUGGAACCUUGAAGUGGAGGAUUUGCACAGAGUCAUCCCCUAAUGGAAAUUUGUUUUCUUUUGCUUUUUGGUGCAGAACAUUGGACUAUUCUGUGUAACCACUCCUGGAGUAAACCAGUGAGAAGCUGGGCUCAGUGAAACAUAGGGACCAGUGCUUAUCUGAUAAUAAUCACAGUUCAUGUCUCCCAGUGUUUUUAUACCAACAUGUUUGAGCAGUGCCUAUUUGAUGUUUUGAUGAAGAUGUCCAUGCCAUUAAAAAGGCUGUAUGUUUGUU